AUGCUUAAUGUUUGCCAGAGAUUCGCCAUUACUAGAAGUAUAUCAUCCGCUCCCCGUUUGAGGAAACCGGUGGUCUAUUCCAGGCAGCCUGCUUCUGUUUACUCCUGCCAUCAUUUGUCCACUAGUCCACCAGCAUUUUGUGAAGAUUUUUUCCGAAAUAUAUCACGACGAUGGAUAUUCAACGAGACCGACCGUUUGAACGAACGAUACGUCAAGUUUCGACCAACAGAGCUCUAA